AUUUCUUACUCAUUUACGCUUAAUGAAUGGGAAAAUCCAGCUCCAGGUUCCAAAGAUGAGAAAUUCAAGGAAAACAAAGCCAACGAAAUCUACUGGUGAUAAAAACGGAGAAACUGGACGAGCCAAUCAAAAUCAAGGCCAACAUAACAAUGUUUCAAGCUCACCAUAUAUGGUAACUGCCACUUUGAUACUCCCUGUCGCAUGCGUUGCCAUCUUCUACGUCAUUAAUCAACCUCCACCUAUCAAGCCAUCAAUCAACAGUCAUUCAACCUAUCCCCUCUCAGCGGAAGUCAGUGGAUGGCAACGCGCGAGCGUCGAGGAGGAAAAAAAAUUCAACACGAAUUUCUGCACGAUUGAAAGAAGGAAUGCAUCAAGUUUGACUUCUGAAGAGUUUGAACAAGUUUACAGGUAUAGGAAACCCUUAAUUGUGCAUUUUAACAACGGUGCAGCUGAUUGGACAGAUCCAAUGAAAUGGACAAAAGCCAGUUUGCGGAAGUUGUAUAGUCAAUGGUCUAUUCUGAGCGGAACAUCAGAGGACAUAGUACGAAGAGGAGGGAAUGGAGACACAGAGACGUCCUUUGAUGAAUAUUUAGAGAUAAUGCAUAGAAAGAAACAUAACGACGAACCCAUGUACGUCUUCGACAGACGUUUUUAUAACGAUAGUGAUCUACCACGGAGUAUCAGAGUGCCACUGUAUUUCAACAUAAAGGAUGGUGUGGAUUCCAGUAUAUUUUUCCUUGGCGGAUCUGGUUCUGGAGUCAGUUUUCAUAAACAUGCUGAUGCAUGGAAUGGAGUUAUUUUUGGACGAAAACGUUGGUUCCUAUAUCCACCUCAAAAAACGCCACCAGGCGGUGUUUGGCCGAGUUUUUCUCAACUGGAUUGGAUCAAAAAAGUUUAUCCUAACUUGCCACCAAAAGACAAACCACUUGAGUGCGUUCAAGAGGAGGGCGAAAUUCUCUACUUGCCCGAAUCAUAUUACCACGGCACAGUGAAUAUAGGCGACACAAUGGCCAUUGGAAUUCAAAAAUACAACGCUGCUACAAAAAUAGAGAAGCUGUUUUAUAAAUUGGGAAAAAGAAGAGAAGAAGACCUUGAAAUUUUAAAGGAGUUAUCAGAUCUGUUACCAGAGAGCACCGAAGUCCUUCAUAAACUUGCUCACCAAUACUUCACAGCUGGAAAUUUUCAACAGGCGAUCAAGACCCUAAAGAGAGCUGUGAAAAUGGAUCCCUUUUUCGUAAUCGCUAAACUCGACCUUGCCAGGUAUUACGAUCAAGAUGGUAAUACAGAAAAAGCUGACCAGCUAUUUCAAGAAGCCCUUGAAGUUCACCCUGACAGUUUUGAUGGACAUAUUCACUAUGGAGAGUUUCUUUAUGAAAAGAGUGAUUAUCAAAAGGCAGCAGUCUAUUACAAAAAGCUCAUCCUGAUGAGGCCUGACAAAGCAUUUGGCUACCACUGGCUGGCAAAAUGCCUUGAAAAGAUCGGUGACAAAGAUGGCGCGAAAGCGACCAGACGAAAGGCACAGAAUUUAUCCCGUUAAUGAGUGGCGUGUAGCUCACUUAAAGGAUUCUAGUUUCAUUGCUUAAAGCAAAAUAAAUUAAACCAGUGUGAAAGAA